AUAAAUGAGGAAGAAUGUAUUGAUAAUAAGCAUGUUUGAUGUUUGUGGCAAACACUUGAUUCAUUGAUUUCUUGAGUUUGUAAUGUUGCCGGCCUUAGCCGGCUACAGUUUUGAAAGAGGUUUAUUAAAAGAAAAUACGAGUAAAAAAAAAAAAAACAAGUAUGGGCCAUGGCUUCUAUUGUAUUUAAUAAAAGGAAGAUUACAACUAGCCAAGUUAUCAAAUAAGCACAGAGAAAUUAGCAAGGCUGCAGCCUCGAAGCUCUGCUCUCCAUAUCUUUCCCUAUGGGCUCCAAUACCAGCAUCUGCUGUGGAUCGAAGACCAAAAAACAGUUUGUGAGUGGAGGGGAACAGAGCUCGACAUGGAGGUUGUUUACUUAUAAGGAGCUUCAUGCGGCCACUAAUGGAUUCAGCGAGGAGUAUAAGCUUGGAGAGGGAGGGUUUGGCACUGUGUAUUGGGGGAAGACUACUGAUGGCCAUCAGAUUGCUGUGAAAAAACUGAAAACUAUAAAUUCGAAAGCUGAAAUGGAAUUUGCUGUGGAAGUUGAGAUACUGGGAAGAGUGAGGCAUAAGAACCUGUUGGGGCUUCGAGGAUACUGUGCUGGAGCAAAUCAGAGGCUGAUUGUGUACGAUUAUAUGCCCAAUCUCAGCUUAUUGUCUCAUCUUCAUGGACAAUUCACAGGCGAAAUGCGACUGAACUGGAAGAAAAGGAUUAAUAUUAUUAUGGGAUCUGCUGAAGCACUUGUGUACCUGCAUCACGAAGUGACGCCGCACAUCAUCCACCGCGACAUCAAAGCCAGCAACGUCCUCCUCGACUCCAAUUUCGAACCACUGGUGGCCGAUUUCGGAUUCGCGAAGCUCAUCCCUGAAGGCGUGAGCCACAUGACCACCCGCGUCAAAGGAACCCUAGGUUACCUCGCCCCUGAAUACGCAAUGUGGGGCAAGGUAUCUGAAAGCUGCGACGUCUACAGCUUCGGCAUUCUCCUCCUCGAAAUCGUCACCGGACGUAAACCCAUCGAACGUCUUCCCGGCGGCGUCAAGCGCACGAUCACCGAAUGGGUCGAUCCGUUCAUCGCAACCGAUCAACUCUCCAAUCUCGUGGACCACCGGCUCCAGGGACAGUACGACGAUUUCCAGCUCCGCCGAAUCCUCCACGCCGCGGCCCGAUGCGUUCAGUCGGAGCCCGAUCGCCGGCCAUCCAUGCGGAAGGUCCUCGCGAUCUUGCAGGGGAAUGCCGCCGCCGCCGAUCCGGUCAAGAACCGCAAGCUCGCGGACGAUUUCGCGGAAAAGGAUGCGUCGAGUCAGGCGAUUAGUGACGUGGUUGCCCCAGGUAUGAUUAGAAUCAAGAGCGUCAAGUAUCAGGAGGAGCUGAUGGCUAUGGAUGACGAAGGAGGGGAAGAAGGGGAGGAGGAUCUUGAGUUGACGAGGAGCGGGAGCGAUGGGGCCAGCGUGUACGGGGUCUUUGGGGCCAUUGAGGUGCAGAGAGUCAGCCAUGGAUAUGGUCAGCAGGUUGUUAGUAGGAGGACUGCAUUGCGCGGGUGAGUGAUUAGGGUUUUGUUUGGUUGGCUGCAGCCUCUGUAAAGGUGGAAGACAACUUUUCUUAAAGAUAUUUUGAGCUUCAUAA